GAAUCCGACGGAGCAGAAGCAAGAAUACGACGAGCGGUCCCUCAAUAGUGUAGUCGGUCCGGCAUCCAUCUUUGUAAAAGUCUAGGGAAGUGUAAAACAAGUGCUCAGUUAAAAUGUCGCUCCUAUCUGCACGUUUGGCCACCACCGUGGCCCGGUCAUUGCCGAAGGCUGCAUCACAGAUUGCCGUCAAGGCCGCAUACCCAGCCGCUUCUCUAGCUGCUCGUAAACUCCAUGUAUCAUGCAGUCAACGCAGUGCCGAAAUCUCUUCCAUUUUGGAAGAAAGAAUCAUGGGUGCUGCACCAAAGGCCGAUUUGGAAGAAACUGGACGUGUAUUGAGCAUUGGUGACGGUAUCGCUCGUGUCUAUGGUUUGAAGAACAUCCAAGCCGAUGAGAUGGUGGAAUUCUCCUCCGGAUUGAAGGGUAUGGCUCUGAACUUGGAACCCGAUAACGUCGGUGUUGUCGUCUUCGGUAACGACAAGUGGAUCAAGGAAGGUGACAUUGUCAAGCGUACUGGUGCUAUCGUCGACGUUCCAGUUGGUGAACAGUUGUUGGGACGUGUCGUUGAUGCCUUGGGUAACCCCAUUGAUGGUAAAGGACCAAUCUCGACCAAGGAUCGUUUCCGUGUCGGUAUCAAGGCCCCAGGUAUCAUUCCUCGUGUCUCUGUACGUGAACCUAUGCAAACUGGUAUUAAGGCCGUCGAUUCAUUGGUGCCAAUUGGUCGUGGACAGCGUGAAUUGAUCAUUGGUGACAGACAGACAGGUAAAACUGCCCUUGCCAUCGACACAAUCAUCAACCAGAAGCGUUUCAAUGACGGACAAGAUGAAUCAAAGAAAUUGUACUGUAUCUACGUUGCUAUUGGCCAGAAGAGAUCCACUGUCGCCCAAAUUGUCAAGAGGUUGACCGACGCUGGUGCCAUGAACUACUCCAUCAUUGUCUCAGCCACUGCCUCUGAUGCUGCCCCUCUGCAAUACUUGGCCCCAUACUCUGGCUGUGCCAUGGGUGAAUUCUUCCGUGACAACGGCAAGCACGCUUUGAUCAUCUAUGACGAUUUGUCGAAACAGGCCGUCGCCUACCGUCAAAUGUCCCUGCUGUUGCGUCGUCCCCCAGGUCGUGAAGCCUACCCCGGUGAUGUAUUCUACUUGCAUUCACGUCUAUUGGAACGUGCUGCUAAAAUGUCCCCCACAAUGGGUGGCGGUUCAUUGACUGCCUUGCCAGUCAUUGAAACCCAAGCUGGUGACGUAUCAGCUUACAUUCCAACCAACGUCAUUUCCAUUACUGACGGCCAAAUCUUCUUGGAAACUGAAUUGUUCUACAAGGGUAUCCGACCAGCCAUCAACGUCGGUUUGUCUGUAUCCCGUGUCGGAUCAGCUGCCCAAACCAAGGCCAUGAAACAGGUCGCUGGUUCCAUGAAACUGGAAUUGGCCCAAUAUCGUGAAGUCGCCGCCUUCGCGCAGUUCGGUUCAGAUUUGGACGCUGCCACCCAACAAUUGUUGAACCGUGGUGUUCGUCUCACUGAAUUGUUGAAACAAGGACAAUACGUUCCAAUGGCCAUUGAAGAACAGGUCGCUGUCAUCUACUGUGGUGUACGUGGAUACUUGGACAAAAUGGACCCCAGCAAAAUCACCAAAUUCGAGAAGGAGUUCUUGCAACACAUCAGGACAAACGAACAAAGCCUUUUGUCGCAAAUUGCCCAGGAAGGCAAAAUCUCAGAUGCCACUGAUGCUAAACUGAAGGAUGUUGUCACCAAAUUCAUCUCAACAUUCACAGCCUAAGUUUCUAGUUAUUUAACAUCGUAUUAACACCCAACAAAGAAAAGUUUAAAAUCGAAAAAGAUCUCGUUCGAAUCGUUUUUGAGCGAUACUUAGACAACACACACACACACAACUUUUUAAACUUUUUUUAAGAUACGAGCAUCCUUUGAGAAUGAAAAGUCAACAUCAGAGUAAAUAUUAGCAAUCAAAACUUGACAGUUUACCACCAUCUGUUGUAUAAUGAAUUGGAGUUUCCACCUUAGCGAGAGAACCGUUACUUUAUGUUUUCGAAUUGAAGAGAAAUGAACGCAAAUAAUCCCUACGACUUAAGAAGAUAAGAGUAUUCUGUAUGUGCAGAGUCGAUUUGCUCUAAUGCAAAGUAAACAUCUAAAACAAUAAAAAAUGGUAAAAAUUAA